AAAUCCUCUUGCUUCUUAACAGGGUUACAAACUUACAAUAAUUUCAAGAUUAUAUGUAUGGAUCUUUUACCAUAAGUGACGUCCACCACUAUUGACCAAGAUCAUUGUAGUCUUCGCUCAUUAUAUUGCUAGGUUGGCAUGGAAUUAAGACAACCAUAAAAUCCAAAAUAAAACUACUAUGCAUGUUUGGAGAUCAGUAAAUAUUGCAGCUUCAAUGUUCAAUCUUACAUAUGAUAGUGUUCCAGAAAAAAUUGAACUAAUCACUCACAAAUGGCUCCUUUGCAUAUCAGUAAUUUUCACACUCCAACUCUUCUAUUCUACUAUGCAAUGGGAACUAUUUUGAUCCUCCAAAUCACCCCUCCUGCAAACUCACUAUCAUUUAACCACCCCUACUUUAAGAAUGGUGAUGUCAAUUGUGAGGGUGAUUCUUCCAUUUUGAAAGGAGCAAUCCAAAUCACUUCCAACACCAUGGACCAAAACAACAAUUACAGUGUUGGGAGAGUCACAAGUUAUGCACAGAUGCACCUGUGGGAUGUGAACUCUGGGAAGCUCUCUGAUUUCACCACCAAAUUCUCCUUUGUUGUUUUUUCAGAAAAGAGUGAUUAUGGAGAUGGAAUGGCAUUCAUUAUAGCAGAUCCAAAUCUCCCACUUGUGAAACAUAUUAAACAAGGAGGUGGUCUUGGAAUUGUGGAUGGCAAACAAGUGUUGAAGUCAACUCAACACUCAUUUGUUGCAGUGGAGUUUGACACCUAUAACAAUGAAGAAUGGGACCCUCCUAAACAAGGUACUCAUGUAGGUUUGAAUUUCAACUCUAUGAAGUCUAGCAUAACUAAGCCAUGGUUGACAGAUAUUCAGAAAAGGAGAGUUUACAAUUGCAGCAUUCAGUACAAUUCAAGCACUCUUGAUUUAAGAGUUUCAUUCACUAUGUACAGUGAUGAUACUGAUAAAGCAAUUGUAGAACACAUAGUAUACAAGGUUGAUUUAAGAGAUCACUUACCAGAGUGGGUUACUUUUGGCUUCUCUGCAGCAACAGGAAGAUUGUAUGAGGUGCAUACUUUGAUAUCAUGGUCAUUUAGUUCAACAGCUCUACAAAUUCAUGAAGACAGAAGUCAGAUAACACCAAUUGCAGCUGCACCAAUCCCCAAUCCUAUUUCUGAAAAAGAAAACAAGAUAGGAUUGUUGGUGGGGCUUGGAAUUGGUUCAGGUUUGGCUGUGAGUUUAUCAGGACUGGUUUUUGCUUUAUUAUUGAAGAGGAAGAGAGAGAAAAAAGAAGAUUAUGGUUUUGAUCUCAAUGAUGAAUUCCAGAAGGAUACUGGACCUAAAAGGUUUCCCUACAAUAAAUUAGUUAGUGCAACCAACAAAUUUAUAGAGAAAUUGGGGCAAGGUGGUUUUGGUGGGGUGUAUAAAGGUUAUUUGAAGGAUCUAAACUCCUAUGUUGCUAUCAAGAGGAUUUCAAAAGAUUCUAGACAAGGUGUACAAGAAUAUGCAACUGAAGUGAAGGUCAUAAGCCAAUUAAGACACAGGAAUCUAGUACAACUCAUUGGUUGGUGCCACAGAAAGAAUGAUUUCCUUCUCAUAUAUGAGUUCAUGCCAAAUGGAAGCUUAGAUUCCCAUCUAUAUGGCAGCAAAAGCUUCUUGUCAUGGAAAGUAAGGUACAACAUAGCUCUUGGCUUGGCUUCAGCAUUGCUUUACCUACAAGAAGAGUGGGAGCAGUGUGUGAUUCACAGGGACAUUAAACCAAGCAACAUCAUGCUGGACUCAUGUUUCAAUGCAAAGCUUGGUGAUUUUGGUUUAGCUAGGCUUGUGGAUCAUGAGAAAGGUUCACAAACAACAUGUGUAGCUGGGACAAGGGGGUACAUUGCCCCUGAAUAUUUCACCUCAGGUAAAGCUACUAAGGAGUCUGAUAUAUACAGUUUUGGGGUUGUGUUGUUGGAGAUAGCAAGUGGAAGGAAAGCAAUUUACCAAGAAGAAAAUGAGGGUCAGAAAACUGUGGUUGAAUGGGUUUGGGAGCUCUAUGGGUUGGGAAAAUUCUUUGAAGCAGCUGAUCCAAAGUUAAAUGGGGUGUUUGAUAAGGAGCAAAUGGAACGUUUGGUGGUUGUUGGGCUUUGGUGUGCUCAUCCAGAUUAUUCAUUCAGGCCUUGUGUAAGGCAAGUGAUUCAGGUGCUCAAAUUUGAGUCUUGUUUUCCUAUUCUUCCAGAAACCAUGCCUGUCCCAACCUAUCUUCCUCCCACAAUGAAAGCACUUUUUCCUUCUUUUUCAUCCACCUUUUGGACUUAAAGUUAGUAAUGGACACCAUGUAAU